AUGCCAUCAGCACAUAUUGAACGUUAUAUACGUUCUAUAUUUGUACAAAAUAUACCAGCCGGUAUAACAGAAGAUCUUUUUCGACAAAUGUUAAGUCAAUUUGGAGUUCUAAUUCAUUUUCAUAUGUUUCUUGAUCCCAGUGGAACUAAUAAUACAAAUGAACAAAAUUUACAAACAUCAAGAGGUUAUGCAUUUGCAGAAUUUGCAUCGAAUGAAAUUGCACAAACAGUUAUCAAUAAAUUGAAUGGUCUUGAUCUAGGUGGUUUUCGACUUGUUGUUGAUUUACUUUCUAAUCAAGCUGAACCAAUUAUAAAUUUAUUCGAACAAUUAUGUGCUACAACGACAACUACUGUGACAUCAUCAAAUAAGAAUGAUCCUCGUCUUGCUAAUGCAACAACAUCACAAACAUCGCAAUCCCAAGCAGCAACAACAGCAUUAGCAGCGAUGGAAUCAGUAAAUUCAAAUGUGACUAGUACCGGUAAUAAAGAAGAACGUGAAUCGAUUUCAAAUGCUGUUGCAUCAUUACCACCAGCUCAAAUGUUUGAAUUAAUGAAACAGAUGAAACAAUGUAUUGAAGCAAAUCCAAACGAAGCUAAAACACUUCUAUCAACAAAUCCUCAAUUAGCUUAUGCUCUGUUACAGGCACAAGUUGUAAUGAGAAUAGUUGAUCCUCAAGUAGCUAUGGCAUUAUUAAAUCGUACUGAUAAAGAUGUUAUACCAGCUCCUGCUGAUGUUAAAAAACAAACAUCAACUACUACACAAUCAACAGCAGCAGUUACUGCUCCACUUCCUCUUCCAGUUACAGGCAAUCCAAAUGCUCCAUUCCCUUUUUCAGUUAUUCCAGGUGCACCAUUUUCAAUGCCUAUGAUGGCUCCUAAUGCUGCUAGUGCACAACAAGCUGCAGCUGCUGCUCUUUUUCAAGCAGCUCUUCUUUCAGGUGCUGGAAUGUUUCCUGGUACAUUAAUACCACCACCUAUGUCUCAUGCUACACCAUUUCCACCUGUUCAACCAUCAUUUCCACCUCAAUUAAAUCCUUUAGCACCACCAAUACGCACACCAAAUCUUGAUGAGAAUGCUGCAUUACUUCUAUUACAAUUAGAUGAUGCUCAAUUAGCUCAAUUACCACCAGCACAAAGUAUGCAAAUUCGAUCAUUACGUGAACAAAUUGCUAAAACUGGUUUAUUACCUAAAAUGUAG